UCCCUAAACAGAGAGAGGAGAGGAAGUUUGAUGAUGGAGAAGCAUAAUUUUACCUAUCUGAUUGUCCUGCUUCUGAACCUCGGAGCUUUGCUCACUUCUCUUGCCUGUCCCGAAUGUCCGCACCCAACUCCAAAAUGUCCUCCACCAAAGUUUCCACCCAAACAUCCUCCCAUUUUGAAGCCUCCAUUUCACCAUAAACCACCAAAACAUCCACCCCAUCCUCCCAAGCCACCUAAGCCUCCUGUAGUAAAGCCUCCAUAUGUACCCAAACCUCCGGUUGUGAAGCCUCCACAUUAUACACCAAAACCUCCCUAUGUCCCCAAGCCACCUGUUGUAAAGCCUCCCCAUGUACCCAAACCUCCUGUAGUAAAGCCUCCACCUUAUACACCAAAACCUCCCUACGUGCCGGUGCCCAAGGCACCUUAUGUACCCAAACCUCCUGUUGUAAAGCCUCCACGUUGUACACCGAAGCCUCCAUACGAACCGGUGCCCAAGCCCCCACCUCACGUACCCAAACCUCCUGUCGUCAAACCCCCAACACCUUCUUAUCCAAAACCGCCAGUCAUAUCACCACCAAUUCUGCCUCCAAAGCCCCCUGUCUAUCCUAGUCCUCCAAUAGUGAAUCCACCAACACCGCCAAUUCUGCCUCCAACACCUCCUGUCCAUCCGAGUCCUCCAAUUGUAAAGCCACCAAUACCACCAACUCUGCCUCCAACACCUCCUGUCCAUCCGAGUCCUCCACUUGUGAAGCCACCAGCACCACCAACUCUGCCUCCAAAACCUCCUGUCUAUCCGAGUCCUCCACAUGUGAAGCCACCCCCAGUCGAGAAACCAUGUCCUCCACCACCAACACCGCCCUUGCCACAUCCACCACCUCCGGCGCAGCAAACAUGCCCCUUUGAUACUCUCAAGCUGGGUGCAUGUGUGGACGUCUUAGGUGGUUUAGUGCACAUUGGUAUAGGCGGCAGCGCAAAGAGCACAUGUUGCCCUGUGCUUCAAGGUCUGUUGGACUUGGACGCUGCAGUUUGUCUUUGCACCACAAUCAAGGCAAAGCUUUUAAAUAUUAAUAUUAUAAUCCCAAUUGCCCUUCAGGUCCUCAUCGAUUGUGGCAAGACUCCACCUCCAGGAUUCCAAUGUCCAGCGUAAGGAUAAGGUUUUUGCUAUUAUAACUUGUAGAUGGUGAUGAUUCGUGAGCGAAUCUAGGUGGUUCCUUUCGAUGGUUUCAGGUCAUGAAUGAAUUUGGAAGAU